AUGCUCGGAUUCGCAGCAAGCAGCGGCUCGUCCUCGUCCCCGAGCUCGACAUCGUCGUCGAUGCUCCGACUCAAAGUGAAGCGAUCCGAACCUCUACCUACCUACUCGGGCCCCAAUCAAAUCCCACCGUCGUACGAGCAAGCUACGGGCAAGAAGACAAUACGAUCUCCUACACCGGAAAGAACUCCGUCGUCCCUUUCGUACUGGCUCGACUUGGUCGUUUCGCAGCGCGAGGCGCAGGCGCAACAAGUUCACUCGUCGUCGGGAUCGCAAUCGAGUUCGGCGGGUCCGAGCGCUUCGGCCCGAAGAAGGCGGAGGAGGGCCGCGGGUAUUUGGGGACAAGCUAGAGCUAGGGAUGAAGCGAUGAUGUCGGGUUGGACAAAGGAGAUCACACCAAGGACUUAG